GUUACUAUGUUUCUCUCUUUUGAAAUCUAUCUCAUCACUAUAUAUAAAGUCUCAAAAUUCUCAAUGUUGAUAGAAAAAGCUGCGUAAUUUAAAGGAAAGUGAUGUUUUCCCAAAAGUCAUGGCUUUUGUGAUUGCGUCCGUAUGCUUACACACUACUAAAUACUGUGCUUAUUCUUUCCUACCAAAUAAAUUUGAGAUUUUCUAUUUAUUUUGAAAUUUUGAACAAAAAAAGAUGCUAUUUUCGAAAUAGAUUAUUUACAAAUAAAGAAGAUUAUUUACAUGUUGCUAAAAAAAAGAAGAUUAUCUAGAAAAAAAAGAAGAAUAAGAUUAGUUGGGUAUGGUUGGAUACAUUUCUAGGACUUUAGCUACAGCUGUGUUCAGAGGUUCUAAUUUUCAUGGGAAUAAUUUUUAAAUCAGAGGAUACUUAAACAAUAAGCUUUGAGCCAAUGAUCAAAUACUGGAAAGUAUAGUAGGUUUGUAGAAAAUUUUUAUCGAUGACCAUUUCAAUGGCAUAAUAGUCCGAUGACCAUAGACAAAACGGCCAAAAUUUAUUUACAAAAGUUCUAUCGACUAAAAGAGACCAAGACAAAUCAAUUCCAUGUUCAAUUAAUAAAAGCAUUUGAAAACUGAUGGAAAAACAUGUUGGCCGCAAAGAAACAAAAGAAACUCAUUUGCAAUUCGUCUUUUCCUCAUUUGUAUAUCUUUGGUCUAGUCGUCUGGCCAUUUCAUUGGCUAAGUGCAAAUUUUACGCUUAUUGAUUUAGCACAUUUUUUUUCUAAAUUCAAUUUCUUCAGACCAUGAAGUUAUUCAUGUGCAGUGUAUAUAUUUACAUACUUAUUCCUGGCUGCGUUCAUACAUACCUGGGCUAUGAUUGUAUAAGCGGUCCUAUCAUCCAAGAUCUGGAGAUUAGCACUCAAAACUUGAGCUCCUUCUUCUUCAAAAACUCUCACAAGCACAUGUAACAUUAAUCUUUCCAUGUGAACAUUGAUAAGUUAGGUUCAUCUCUAUGAUUGAAUCCCGUGAAUGAAUACUGAGAUCUUUCAUGGCAUUCUUCACUAUCCGUAUUUCGUUUUGUUCUCGUUUAAGCUUUUAUAUAUAUGCUCUCUUUCCCUAUCCAUUAAUUUGUUCUCGUUUAAGCUAAUUUUAUAUAUGCUACUAUGUUUCUCUUGUUUUCAGUCCGUCUCUCUCUAUAUAUGUAGAGCGAGAGAGUCACAGUUCUCAUUUUGAGAGAACAAUCUGCGUAAUUGUAGCAAAAAGUGAUGUCCUUCGAAGCAAAUGAUGGCUUUAUAUAGUAAUUGCGCCCGUGAGCUUGCACAUAUGUAUUUGGUAGUAAAAAUAAUUAAAAAUAUGUAUUUGGUCCUAGGAUCUAGGUUGUUUUCAUAAAUUUAGUUUUACAUUACACAGAUUUUUCUGGGAACUAUUCAACUCUAGGUUUUGGUGGAGUGAAUUGUUGGACAGUGUACUAACUUUUAUAUAUUUUUGUCGAACCAUUCUAAUCAAUGCGUAUGUUAAUAGAGAAAUGAAUGCCGUGCAAUAGUGUGCAAUAUUGAUAAUCAACAAAAUAAAAUAAAUCUAUUUAUAUGACCGAUUGAAAGAGAAAAAAAAUAGAAGAAUGAUUCAAUGAUACAUAAGUAAUAACUACUGUAUAUUUGUCGUCUAGUUAGCCGUAUUCUUAGACACUGCUAAAAGUGCUAAUAUUAUUCUUUAGUGCAUUUUCCACAUUUUUGGAUUUCUUCAAAUGUUUGAAUACCACUAUAUGAAACUAGCUACCAAAAAAACUAGCUAUUUAUACAAGUCAUGGAUUUUGAAUUUGUUCCCCCACCAUGGCUAUCAGAUUGGUUUGUCCGGGCAAAACUGAUACCAUCCGAAAACAUUAUUAAGAUAAGAAAAUAUUAAGACUAUCUAUUUAUAUGAUUUUAUACAAAUAUUAACAUUGUGUUUCAUGAAUUAUAUCUUCAUUAUAUUUAAGAAAAAUUAGAGAGUAAAUUUUUUUUACAUUUUCAUAUGUUAUAUAACUUAUAUCAAACUGUUAUGGAAAACUAAAAUCACAUAUAAAAAGGUUUUAUAUAUGUGAAGUUUGAGAUUCAUAAAAAAGAGAUGAAAACUGAGACAAAGAAUUUUUUUUAUCAGAUACUAGUUUAUAUUAACAAUGAUAUUUAAUUUCACAUUUUCGAUUAAAUCAUGGAAAAUAUAACUGAUAUAUUUAAAGUAAAUAUGACAUUAGUCCUGGUUCUUGUUAGAUUAAAUUAUGUGAGACUGUGAGCAACCAACAGGUAAGAAAAUUUGAGCACUUUUCUUUCAUAAUCAUCAGUAUAUUGUUAUUCAACUUGUUAUGCAACGCAAGAUAAAUAUGCAACAGUGUAAGAACACAAAUUUACAAUUUCUAAAAGUAUAUUUAUAACUUGUUAUGUAAGGCAAGAUAAAUAUGCAGUGUAAGAAACAAUUUUACAAUUUUUAAAGAUUCAUACGAUUCUGUCUAUGAAAUAUAUAAUUACCUCAAAGUAAAACGGUAUAACAGAUGACAAUUCAUAAAGAUUCAUGUAUAUGAUAAGAUUCUGUCUAUGAAAUAUAUAAUUACCUCAAUGUAAAAACGGUAUGACAAGUAAGAAAUGUUCAUUUCUAGAUCCUUAUAAUUUAAUUAGAAUAACAAAUGACUAUUCAUAGAUUCAUGUAUAGGGUAGAUUCUGUCUUUAUGAAAUAUAUAUAUUUACUCAAAAUAAAAUGGUAAAUCAAGUAAGAAAUUUUCAUUUAUGACCCUUAUAAUUAAAUUAGAAUAGCAGAUGACAAUUCAUACAGAUUCAUGUGUAGGGUAGAUUCGGUCUAUGAAAUAUAUAAUUACUUCAAAGUAAAACGGUAUAACAAGUAAGAAAUCUUCAGAUCCUUAUAAUUUAAUUAGAAUAACAGAUGACAAACGUUUCACUUCACAUUUUCUCACUAUAAGUAACCCUCUCCUUACAUCCACAAUUUCACCAUCUCCCAAGUCACCACUCUUUAAUUUUCACGAACUUGAAGUUUUUUUUUUCUCAUCUUAACCAAAAACAAAGAUGAAGCUCAUGGUUGUACAAUUCUGCAUAAUAUUUUUUCUCCUCACAUCUUCAUUUUUUGUACCUUCAACCGCUGAUUCGUCAUGUGGUGGAAAGUGCAACGUGAGAUGCUCAAAGGCAUCACAACAUGAAGAGUGCCUCAAGUAUUGCAAUAUAUGUUGCGAGAAGUGUAAUGGUUGUGUUCCCUCUGGUACUUACGGAAACAAAGACGAAUGCCCUUGUUACCGUGAUAUUAAAAACUCCAAAGGCGGCCCCAAGUGUCCUUGAACAUGUUUUUAAAGAUCAUCAACACACACAUGCUAUUAAUAUUUAUAUGUAUGAAAGAUAUUAGUAACAACUAUGUUUGACGGAUGAAAUAAUAUUUGAGCUAAAUUACAAAAAAAAAAAAAGAUAAUAAUAAUAUUUGAGCUUAAAGAUUGAAGUGCUCAAUGCAUGAAAACUAUGAUAGAUCUUGACAAAAAAAAAAACGAAAUACUUUUAAAACAAAUAUUAUGACCGAUAAUGUUGGCUGCUACGGAUACUCGCCGCUAGUUUUGAUCCACCUCAGUGGGGGACUAGAUACACCGGUUUAUUCAGAAAAAAAUAAUAUAUAUUAUGAUAUGGGUAUGUAUGUUGCUCAUGAAAGGUAGGAUCGUUCACCAGAGCUAUGAUAGAUUAGAGGAGACAUGAUGUCUCAAAGGAGCCACAAAAGCUUAGAUGAGACAUGAUCGUUCAAAAGAAUAAAAUCUUGUAAACUUCACCAUAACUUCACCAUAUCUAACUUUUAUUGUACUCUAAGCAGUUUCUGUCAUCUCCAACGUGUACUUAUCUCUAACAAAUCUGAUUCUUGCUUUUGUAUACUUCUAGGUGAAUCAUGUUUAUGUCUUUAUAACUUUUCUUUUGCUUUAGAGUCCAAUGAAAACACAAAGAAGCGAAAUCUAAAACAAGAAAAUGACCAUGAUAUAUAAAGAGAGAAUCUUUCUACAAACAAAACGAGAACGGUACAUCGUAGGCAAGCCAGAUGAUACAUAAAGACUCAAAACCAGCAACAAACCCACCUACAAAUUCUGAUAAGCAAAAAACUCAAAGCAAAGAGAGAGGCCUAUUGCUUCUUCAACUAGAGAAUGGGUCUUCUGAGUCACUCUCUGCUUUCUUUUGGUGGUUGAAACAAAUUAAGCUUCAACGCUCACAAGCUCAUACUCGAUGAGGGAAAGAUUGUUAUCUUCCUUGACAGUGAUGUCUGCUGCCUCCUCGGCCACUUCAACGCGGCCCCAUCUAUCAACAGCAAGCCUCAUAGAUCCCUUGUACAUGUCGAUCUUUGCAUUGCGCAGAGUCACUAUCUUGCCUUCUUUCAUCAAAUCCACUGAUCC